UAUUUCACAUAUAGCCGUUGGAAACAGCUCCUCCCUCCUCAUCCUUCGUUUCUCUUCAUUUCAAUUCAAACGUUCGACUGAUAUCAAAACCCUAACCCUCCAUUCCUCUAUUUCACUUGUCAACUCUCUCUCUCUCUCUCUUUCUCUCUCGAGAAUUUACUACUUUGCUCUGAAGAUUUCAAUUUCUACACAGAUUUAUCUCUUAUUUUAAGCGAUGGAUGAUCUAACAGUGUUCUCCGAGAACAGCGAUCGAUGCAUUCCUAAUUGCGAGUUAGAUGACUCAGAUCACUCUACAAAAGUUCAUAUAAUUGAAGGUGCAAAAUGCAAUGAUUCAGAUCAAAGCCAGAAGAUUUGUUCUACCGAAGAAGUCGUAGCAAAUGCAGACCAUUCUGAAGAAAGCAGUGUAUUAGAUAGACUUCAAGAAAAAUCUUGCCCUGAGGAGUCAACCCAGCCAAUACUGCAGAAAAUUUUCAAUCUGAGCGACAGUGUUAAGAAUUUGAAGAAAGAGCACAGUCAGCUGUCUCAUCAAGUAAAAGGAAUCAUGGUAGAUCCCUUUCCUGGCUCUGAAGUUUUAACGACAUUCCGGCGUCUUAAUGAUGAUUAUGAACUUCUGAAGAAGAAGUAUCUUGAAGAGUCGCUGGAAAGGAAACGACUUUACAAUGAUGUGAUAGAGCUCAAAGGAAAUAUCAGGGUAUUUUGCAGAUGUAGACCUUUAAAUCAAGUUGAAAUUGCAAAUGGCUCCUCUUCUGUAGUGGACUUUGAAUCUGCCCCGGAAAAUGAGCUCCAGAUAAUUUCUUCAGAUUGCAGGAAACAAUUCAAGUUUGACCAUGUAUUUAGGCCAGAGGAUAGCCAAGAGGCUGUUUUUGCUCAAACUAAACCAAUUGUUACUUCAGUAUUGGAUGGCUAUAAUGUUUGCAUAUUUGCCUAUGGGCAAACUGGAACUGGAAAAACAUUUACAAUGGAAGGAAAUCCUGAAAAUAGGGGAGUGAAUUAUAGGACCCUGGAGGAGUUAUUUGCGAUUUCGAAGGAGAGAAGCAAUAUCUUGAGAUAUGAGCUAUAUGUUAGCAUGGUAGAGGUCUACAAUGAGAAAAUAAGAGACCUCUUGGUAGAAAACUCCAACCAGCCUUCUAAAAAGUUGGAGAUCAAGCAAGCAGCUGAAGGGACUCUAGAAGUCCCAGGGCUUGUUGAAACUCGUGUUUAUAGCACAGAGGAAGUAUGGGAGGUACUUAAGUAUGGAAGCCGAGCAAGAUCUGUUGGAUCCACAAGUGCAAAUGAACUUAGUAGUCGUUCUCACUGCUUGUUGCGAGUGACAGUAAAGGGGGAGAACUUGAUAAAUGGACAGAGGACAAAGAGUCAUCUUUGGCUGGUAGAUUUAGCUGGUAGUGAGAGAGUGGGGAAGAUAGAAGUUGAAGGGGAAAGGUUGAAGGAGUCUCAAUUUAUAAACAAAUCUCUUUCGGCGCUUGGUGAUGUUAUCUCUGCUCUUGCAUACAAAACAGGCCACAUUCCUUACAGAAACUCGAAGCUCACGCAUAUGCUGCAAAGUUCCCUUGGAGGAGAUUGCAAGACCGUUAUGUUUGUCCAGAUUAGCCCAAGUGCAGCAGACCUUGGGGAGACCCUCUGUUCACUGAACUUUGCGAGCAGAGUCCGGGGGAUCGAAAGUGGUCCAGCCCGCAAGCAGGCAGACCACUCUGAAUUAUUCAAGUACAAGCAAAUGGCUGAGAAGCUAAAACAUGAUGAGAAAGAAACAAAGAAAUUGCAGGAUAAUCUGCAGUUCUUACAGUUACGGCUAGCUGCCAGAGAACAUACCUGCAGAAGUCUACAAGAAAAGGUUCGUGACCUGGAGAAUCAAUUAGCAGACGAAAGAAAAACCAGACUAAAGCAGGAAACGCGAGCUUUUGCUGCUGCAUCAUCUUCUUGUCAGCCUUCAGCAUUAUCAUCUGCUUACCAUGCAGCGGACAGGGCAAAAAUGGAUAAAAAACCACCUCUUGGCCCUUCAAGACAGCGGAUGCCAUUGCGAAGAAUCACCAAUUUCAUGCCCCCACCACCAUCUCCUUUUCUUUACCAUAAAUUAACAACUCUGAAAAAUUCAGCUGCAGCAGCCAUUGAUAACAAAGAGAACACUUCAAAACUGACAACAGCUUCGAACACAAACUCUCUGCUUAAACCAAGACGCGUUUCCAUUGCUAUCGGACCUCCCACCACAACAACAAAACCAGCCAAGAGUCUCCAGCCUAAAAGACGAGUCUCCAUUGCUACUAUCCGUCCAGAGCCUAGCACAUUCAUGACAACACCACUCCGCACCUCACUCAACAAUGGCAGUUCAAUGAAACGAAAAUCAUUAGUCCAGGACCCACGAAAGGCACGAUAUUCCAGGUUGUUCUCUCCUUUGCCAAAGUUAUCCGAGGCAACUCCAGUUGCCAUGAGGAGUAGCAGCAAAUUCAUGCGGAGUCCUCCAGUCUCCCAGGCCACUGGCUCAUGGAAACCAACCCAUCCAACAGUUGUUGCACUGCAGAGGAAAUCACUGAUCUGGAGUCCACUUAAGCUGAGAGGUAACAUGAGGAACCAAAAGAAAUCACAGUUUUAGCAAUUGUAGUAGCCUUCAACUGAAUUUAAUACCCCUUUGAGUGACAAGUGAUCAUCUCUCUCAUUCUUAAAUAUGCAAGCUUUUCUCUGCGUCAAUUUGAUAGCAGCCGUAAAUUCUUUUCCUUA